AGUUCCAUUAUUGAAUACCCCACAAAUACCAUACAAUUUAAUACCAUGAUCGUUACCGCGACAACGUCUGUGUACCCUCAUGACUACACCCAGGUAAAGGCGCUCAUCCACGCAAUGCCACCGCCGACCUCGCUGGUGGACACGGCAGUUGCACUUCCCGACUCUGCCGAGCCUGGGUACUCGCCGGUAUACCGCAACCGCUGUGCGCGCGACGGUCUCUACGCAACGCUCCACCCCGCGCUCACGACCUUGCAUGAUGCAUUCGAGUACGCGCGCGCGACCUACGCGACGCAGCCAUGCCUCGGCGCACGCCUCCGCACUGGCGCGCGCCUCGACGACUUCUACACGUGGGAAACCUAUGAAGAAGUUUACCAACGCAAGAACCGCAUUGGCGCGGGCCUCCUCUACAUGGUACAUAACUGCCCGUUCCAGCCAACCACCACCCCGUUCAUCGUCACGCUUUUUUCCGUAAACAACACCGAGUGGGCACUCACAGACCUUGCGUGCCAGUCCUACUCACUCUGCAACACUGCAUUAUACCCAACUCUUGGCCCAGACACGUCACAAUACAUUUUAGAGCUCACUGAUUCGCCGAUAGUGGUAUGCUCGGCUGAUAAGCUUGACUACUUGCUCGACCUCAAGGCGCGCGGGUGUCCGCGACUCACGGUGCUCGUGCUGCAGACGGGUUUGGUGCCACUCGUGCGCGACGCGAUUGUGACGCGCGCGCACUCGCUCGGCGUAACUGUUCUUGACCUCGCGGAUCUCGAAGCUAUCGGCGAAGCCAACCCUCAUCCCUUUGUCCCCCCAACCCCCAACACGCUAUACACCAUUUCAUUCACCUCGGGCACCACUGGCAGUCCUAAGGGCGUGAUGCUCGAGCACCGCCAGGCGAUGGCGCACGUGCUCUUUCUGUUAACAGUUGCGGCGACUCCAAAAGGCCGUGGCACAGCGCUUUGUUCCCUUCCGCUCGCGCACAUCUACCAGCGGUGCUUGAUCAUUGUGAACUAUCUCUCAGGCAUUGCGCUGGGGUUUCCGCAGAGCUCAUCUCCGAAGACGCUUGUGGACGACCUUCGGGUGUUAAAGCCGUGCUCGUUGGCGUCAGUGCCGCGCGUAGUGAACCGGAUUGAGGCGGAUAUCAAGGCCCUAACCGUGGAUAGCGAGUCAGCUGUGACACGCGCAGCGUCGCGGCUCGUGAUUGCGCGAAAAAUGGCACAGAACGAGCACGGGCGGUUUUCGGGGAUUGACUACCUUUCCACCCAGGCCUUCCGUCACGUUUACGGGCUCCGCGCACGCUUCGGGCUCGACGAAUGCCGCUUCAUGCAGUCGGGUAGCGCACCCGUCGCGCCCGAAACGAUUCGCUUCCUCCGCGCAGCACUCGACAUCGGCUACACUAACGCGUAUGGCUUGACCGAGCUGGCUGCAGGUAUCUGCCGUAGCUUCCCUUUUGAGGGCGACUAUCUGUCGACCGGUCCGGUAGGCAUCACAUGUGAGGCGCGCCUCAAGGACGUGCCAGAAAUGGGAUAUACCUCCACCGACAAGGGCGGGGCGCGAGGCGAGCUACUUCUUCGUGGGCCACAGAUUUUUGUGGGGUAUUACAAAAACCCCGGUGAAACUGAAAAGGCGUUACUGCGUGAUGGCUGGUUCCACACGGGCGACAUUGCACGCAUCGGGCGCGGUGGCCGCAUUCACAUAAUAGACCGGCUCAAGAAUUUCUUCAAGCUCGCGCAGGGCGAAUACAUCACACCCGAGCGGAUCGAAAACCUGUACAUGAGCUCGUGUUCGGGACUUGUAGCGCAGUUAUUCGUGCAUGGUGACUCACUUGAGACGUAUUUGAUCGGCAUCGUGGGCGUAGAUCCCGUUGGACUUGUCCCCUUUUUUGAGAAAAAUUUUGGGAUUGUCCAGUCGGUGGAGGGGUUGAUGGGGCUUUUGAAGAAACCAAAAUACAAACGGCGAUUCCUUAUGGAGAUGAACGCUCUUGUUACCGGAUUUGGUCUCCAGGGCUUUGAAAAGUUGCACAACAUUCAGUGCAAGUUGGAGCCGAUGAGCGUGGAGAACAACUUGGUGACCCCCUCCUUGAAGAUUAAGCGCCAGCAGUGUCGGACACACUUUGAGCCGGAGUUGAGGGAGUUAUAUGUGGAGGGGAGUUUGUUGAAGGAGAUGAGGUUGUAGGGCGAAGCUUACUAAGCGGGUAAUUUAAACCUUUUAAAUAGUUGAAUGGGUGGAUAGCUAUAGUGAUUUCUAACUGAUAUUGCUUUAUGGCCAGGGACUGAGACUGCUCCUUGAUUUCUUGGGCUUUAUAUCAACUUUAUUGACCUCUGAAGAAUUAAUACAAUACACUCUAAGAACGCCUACAACAAGCCCCGGCUAUAAAUUAAUCCGAUAUCGGUAAUGAGGCGUGCAACUGAGGGCCAUGCAACAUAUAUCAUUGGGGCG